AAAGAUGGUGAAAGUGGGCUUAUCGAUAGUUUCGCAGCCUUUAGUUCUUGUAAAAUUAAAAUGCUUUAACUUACGGAAUUUUUUUUUCUCACAGAAUAACUGUAGUUGCCUCUUCACGUAUCACGGCGCGUGGCAAAUCGAAGUAACAGCUGCCCCCCCCCGUUUGCAGGUUUCAGGCCCACGACCGCGCUACACCAUCCCCCACAACGCGUUCUUUCACCAUUUUCGCACGCCCACACAAAGCAUAGCACAGCACACGUAAAGUAGAGUACGUACGUACGUACAUAGGUCGAGUGGCAAAAAUUAGAGCAGAGCAGCGCAGCAGUUAGGAAGAUGCAACAGAACGCGGCCAGCAAUCCGUUUUCGAUGGCCACCUACGUGGACCGGCCGCAGAUGGGGCUGGACGUGGAGUUCGGCGCCGAUCCAGCCAGCGGGGCAGCCUUCUUCCAGACCGAUGGCCGCAAGCACGAUGACCUCAAACAGAUGCUGGACAGCAAUAAGGACGGCCUCAAGCUGGAGGCCAUGAAGCGUAUCAUUGGCAUGAUUGCGCGUGGCCGCGACGCCAGUGACCUCUUUCCGGCCGUCGUCAAGAACGUCGUCUCGAAGAACAUCGAGGUGAAGAAGCUCGUCUAUGUCUACCUGGUGCGCUAUGCCGAGGAGCAGCAGGACCUGGCCCUGCUCUCCAUUUCCACAUUCCAGCGUGCGCUCAAAGACCCCAAUCAGCUGAUCCGAGCCUCGGCCCUGCGGGUGCUGUCCUCCAUUCGGGUGAGCAUGAUAGUGCCGAUUGUUAUGUUGGCCAUACGUGACAGCGCCGCCGAUCUGAGUCCGUAUGUCCGCAAGACCGCGGCCCAUGCCAUACCCAAACUGUACUCGCUGGACGCCGAUCAAAAAGACGAGCUGGUCAUGGUGAUCGAGAAGCUGCUCUCGGACCGCACCACACUGGUGGUGGGGUCAGCGGUGAUGGCCUUCGACGAGGUCUGCCCGGAACGCGUAGAUCUCAUCCAUAAGAACUAUCGCAAGCUGUGCAACCUGCUGGUGGACGUGGACGAGUGGGGUCAGGUGAUAAUCAUCAAUAUGCUGACCCGCUAUGCCCGCACACAGUUCGUCGAUCCGAAUGCCGACGAGGAGCUGCUCGACGGCGCCAGCGAGGCGCCGCACAAUGAGAGAUUCUACGACGAGUCAUCGAACAACUCCAACUCCUCCAACAGCGACGACGGCUCCAGCGAUGACGAGAAGACGAAAUCGCGGCCUGCAAACAGCAGCAGCAACAACGGCGGAACUCCCAGCUCCCCCAGCAGCAGCUACCACAUCGAUGUGGACCACCGCCUGCUGCUGCGCCAGACCAAGCCGUUGCUGCAGUCGCGCAACGCCUCUGUGGUGAUGGCCGUGGCCCAGCUCUACCAUCAUGUGGCGCCCCGCAACGAGGUGCAAUUGAUUGCCAAGGCGCUCAUUCGCCUGCUGCGCUCCCACAAGGAGGUGCAGAGCGUGGUGCUCAACUGCAUCGCCUCAAUGUCCACCAAACGCAAGGCCAUCUUUGAGCCACACUUGAAGUCGUUCUUUGUGCGCACCAGCGAUCCCACGCACCUCAAGCUCCUCAAGCUGGACAUACUCACCAACCUGGCGUCGGCCUCCAGUAUCUCCCUGAUCCUGCGCGAGUUUCAGACCUACAUCUCCAGCAGCGACCGCUCCUUUGUAGCGGCCACCAUACAGGCCAUAGGCCGUUGUGCGGCCAGCAUUAAGGAGGUAACCGAGACCUGUCUCAGCGGCCUGGUGCAUCUGCUAUCUAAUCACGAUGAGCAUGUGGUGGCCGAGAGCGUUGUGGUAAUCAAGCGUCUGCUGCAGACAAAGGCCGCCGAGCACUUUGAGAUUAUUACACAGAUGGCCAAGCUGAUUGAUUACAUCAAUGUGCCGGCCGCACGGGCCGCCAUCAUUUGGCUGAUUGGCGAAUACAACGAAAAGGUGCCGCUGAUUGCACCCGAUGUGCUGCGCAAGAUGGCCAAGUCCUUUGUGGACGAGCAGGAUGUGGUGAAGCUGCAGGUGUUGAAUCUGGGCGUCAAGCUUUAUCUGACCAACCCCCAGCAGACCUCGCUGCUGUGCCAGUACGUCUUUACGCUGGCCCGCUACGACACCAACUACGAUGUGCGGGAUCGGGCCCGUUUCUUGCGCCAGUUCAUCUUCCCGGCCAGCGGGGCCAGCAGCGUCCUCACGCAGAGCGCCCGCCAGGUGUUUCUGGCCAGCAAGCCGGCCCCCGUGCCGGAGAGCAAGUACCGUGACACCAACAGCUUCCAGCUGGGAUCGCUCUCGCACUAUCUGAAUAUGCCGGCCACGGGCUACAAGGAGUUGCCCACAUUCCCUGCCCUGGCACCCGACUCGAGUGUGCGCAACAUUCCUGGCUUUGUGCAGGAGAAGCUUCCCAACGAAAGUUCCCCACUUUCGCACUCCAAGUCCGCCUCGGGUGGCAGCUCUCAGGGUGGCAGCAAAGAGCAGCGCGAGAAGAGCUUCCUAUCCGAGUCUGAAGACAAGUCCUCGGCAUAUUCCGAGUCCAGUAGCGGCAGCGGCAGUGCCACCAGUGACAGUGCCUCCAACUCUGAUGACAGCGAAAGCAGCGACGACGAACAGCAGGAAAAGCAGAAAGCGAAGCCAAAACUGGUCAACAGUGAGCCGAAAAAGACGACCUCCAGAGCUGUGGAGUCAAUAACGCUGAUCGAUGCGGGCGGCAUUGAAGUGGAUCCCGCCACCACGACCAGCAACAGCAACAACAAUAUGAAUAUUAACAAUACCAAUGCAGCUGGCGAUUCGGGAACCUCAGACAGCGGGGAGUCCUCUUCGUAUAGCGGCAGUAGCAGCGGCAGUGACACGGCCAGCGAAAAUGAACAGGAAAAGCCCAAAAAGGAGGAUAAACAGCAGCAGAAGCAGAAGCAGAAGCAGCAGCCAUCGAAGGCAACUCCAGAGAUUCUAGAGACAGCUACCAAGCAGACAAAAAGCAAUCUGGACUUGCUACUCGAUUUGGAUGACAUUCCGCCCAUUGGUCCCGUGAUGACGCCCUCGCUAGGUGGCUUCUUGACGCCAGGUACGCCCCUGAUGGGCGGCCAGUCUGCCCCUUUGCAGCCGCAGCAUUCCCGCAAUCGGAUCGAGUUGGUCGGACCCUCGCACAUCGAGUUCAAGCACAAGGAGCUCCUGAACAAAGUGAGCGGCCAUGGCCUGCAGUUGGCCUACCGCUUCACGCGUGCCCCCCACCUGUACUCCUCGACCAUGUGCUCAGUUGAGCUUCAGUUCCAGAAUCGCGGCGAGAAGGAGAUCGCCAGCAUCCGGCUCGGCCAGCUGACGCUGCCCGCGGGCAUGCAGCUAAACGAAUUUAAUCCCGUGACGUUGCUGCAGCCGCAGCAAAUGGCCAGUGGCAUACUGGGCGUGGACUUCAAUGACUCCACGCAUGCCAUUGACCUGGAGCUACUGUCCAGCGCUGGCAGCUCGCGGGUGCAGCUGAAGCCGCCGGUGGGAGAGCUGGUCAGGGCCGUCCAGAUUGGGGAAAGCUGCCAUCGCGAGGAGCGUGCCAAGCUGCGGGGCAUGAACGAGCAUCAGUGCGAGCUGCGCGGCAUCCAGCGGGAGAUGAUCGAUGUCGCAGCGCUCAAGCAGAAGGUGUUCGAGUGCAUCAAUGUGGCCCACACGCACAGCUCGCCCACCGCCCAAUUGCACUGCUUUGCGGGGCAGACGCUCAGCUCGAAGAGCCUCGUGCUCCUUACCCUUCACUGGCAGACGGACGAGGCACUCACGCUGCUGGUCAACUGCGAAAAGAUGGUCAUCGGCUCCAUGGUACUCAACGAGCUGCGAAACGCCCUACAGCUAAGCUUUGCCAUGUGAGCAGUAGCGUCCAGCACGAGAAUGAGCGAGAUGGCGAUGCAUGCCGAGCGCUGCGCCAAUCUGGGCAAUCGAGAACAAAUGAUGAAAGCCUCUCACAACGUAAACCUAAGCACUCAACUAGCUACACAUCUAAAAAACAAAUGUCAUGAUGAUGAUGAAGAUUCUAUUGCUUUUACUAUUCCUAUAUACAACAAACAAACAAACAACAAGAACUUGCGACAACAGCAAAUAGCAGUGGACUCCUUGCUGAUGCCAGAUGCUAGAUGCCAGAUGCCAGAUGCCUGCUCCUACUAAUCCACUUUUCCCCUAGAUAUACAUAUAUGCGAUGUGCGAGUGUGUGUUCUGUUUAGCAUGAACGUAUGUAUGUAUUUAUGUCGCUUGUGUCCUUCACUAUAUAUAUAUAUAUAUUUGUACUAUAUACACGUGUAUGUCCAUCCGUACAUGGGAUACACUUUUACUUGGAUCGUACUCUCUGGUACUCGUACUCGUACUCGUAACUCGUGUUUGAUGUUGUAAAUCUGUUGCCUUCGUGCUCUAUGCGGCCUUCUUCAAAACGUAGCAAAGACAAACGAAUAUCGAAUCUAUAUACAUAUAUUAUUCAUACUAUUAUAUACAG